GUUGAGUUGCCAUUGCUGCCAUCUCUUCGUACAUCGACAUCACCUCAAUCCAGAUCCAUUCUGCCUUAUCACCUGCCACACUACACUCUGUUGACGCUCUUGAAUUAACAAUCACGGCUUUUUGCUCCAUCUGCGUCUGCUCACCUAUCCGACUCCCCUGGAAUCUCGUCUCAAUGGGCAAUCUCUAGCACGCUUUUCUGAGCACAUCACCCCCAAUAUACUCCUCGAAUUCGAUCCGCUACUUCUUCUUCCCUUGCCCAGCUGUCCGACAGGGACCACCACCGCCCCAACAUGGCGCGAGAUUCUUCCCUGAAGAUGGUACCCGCAUCAGACGGCGUCCCGCCCGAAUUCACCUUCGAUGGCCGGUUGGCCUCUUUCAAGAAGCCGCUUGGUGCGCCGAAGAAGCGCGGUUCCACGGCGGGUGCUCGUGCGCCGAAAGGCUCGACCUGGCCCCAUGCCAAAUACCUACCUGCGGACAAGCUUGCCGGAGCUGGCUUCGUGUGGCAACCUCGCCCCGAAACACUCGACAACGUCCGCUGCUUUCUCUGCGACAAGUCCCUGGAUGGCUGGGAAGAAGGUGACGAUGCGUUGGAGGAACACCUGAAGCAUUCUCCCAACUGCGGCUUCGCUAUCGUGGCUGCCAUUGCGGCCGGGUACGAGAAAUAUGCGACGGAGGAUCCCAACGCACUCUACAUGGUUGAGGCGCGCAAGGCGACGUUUGCGGGAAUGUGGCCGCAUGAGAACAAGAGAGGUUGGAAGUGCAAGACCAAACAGCUGGCCGAGGCGGGAUGGAAGUGGACACCACUCAGCCAAUCUGACGAUAUGGCGACGUGCCCUUAUUGUGAACUUGCCUUGGAUGGGUGGGAGCAAGGCGAUAAACCAAUGGACGAACAUUACAACCGAUCGCCUGACUGCCCGUUCUUCGGGCUGACCCACCAGUAUGCGACAUUGAAGAAAGCAUCGAAAGGCAAAGGUGGUAGGGCCUCCAAAGUCUCUCGUGCAUCUGUUCAAUCCGUCGCCACGGCCGUGUCCGAGCUCCCCUCGGUCAUGGAAGAUGUCACUGCCAACGUCGAGGAUAGCGUCAUGACGACUGCUUCCACGGCGGCUGGCAAGAAGGCAGGUCGCCCGAAGAAGACUACUACGGCAGCGAAGGGCCGGAAGACAAAGGCGAAGAGGGACGAACCCGUUGAAGUGGUAGAGAGCGAUCCUGUGAAGGAGGAAUUUCCACUGCCACCACCUCUCACCAAGCCCGCACGCGGUCGGAAGAGGAACAGCGACGCCAUGGAUGAUUCGGUGGCCACCGUGUCGGAAGCCCCGGCGGCGAAAAAGAGGGCGACGCGAACGCGUGCUAGUCGAACGGUUGAACGUUCGGUCGUCGAGCCUUCGGAGGCUGACACGGACAUGGCCGACGCACCGCCUGCCAAGGGCAAGGGCAAGGGCCGGAAGACGGCACGGGCAUCGAAUACGCGGAACACACGCAAGGUUUCAGGCGCGUCAUCAGUCCGGGCUGCUGCCUCCACUGCGUCCUUGCGAGCUGCUCCGGGCGCAUUCCCCGACGACGACGACAACAACGACGACGACGACGACGAAAUUGAGCGGCAGCUUGAGGCGGAUCUCGAGCGGCCAUUAACGGACGACGAAGACGUCAUGCAUGACUCCGAUUCGGAGCGCCGAAGGGUCCCUGCUAAGGGCAAGGGAGCCAAGACGGCAAAGGGACGGGCACAGAAGAACGAGGCGGCGGAAAAGCUUCCUGAAUUUUCUUUUGACCCGUACCCAGCAGAGGAUGAAGAUGAGGUGGAGGCGGAACUGCAGAGACUGCAGGAACAAUUAGACGCAGAAGAGGCUGCUGCUGCGGCGGCGGCGGCGGCAGCGUCAGCGUCAGCUGAAAAGGCCGACGAAGAAGAAGAAGAAGAGUGCUUGGUAGUUCCUAAGAAGGGCCGUAAGGCGGCGGGAACUCGCAAGGUGUCGAAGCCAACCAAGGCUCAGAUGGCGAAAGAGGCACGAGAGGCCAAAGCCGCCGCCGAAGUUGCUGCGGAACGGGAACGGGAGGAGCAAGAGCAGGAUGAGAACCAGGAUGAGAACCAGGGCGAUGACUUGCCCGUUCGAGAGGACACUAUUCCCGCCGCGGAAGAGGACAACAACAGCAGCAGCACGGCUACGAUCGUCAACAGGAUAUCCGCCGACUCCUCUGCGGAUCGCACUAGCAACACGGGAAGGAAGCCGGGUCGACAGUCUAAGAAGUCAGCGACGUCCCGCUUGUCAGCCCAAGCCCAGCAAAGGGAGCUGGAUGAAGAUGAACUUGCGGUUCACGAGGAUGAGCCACUCGCUGAAGCGGUAGCAGAAGCACCUGUGGAGGAAACCGAAGAACCCGAGGGACUCGAGGAAAUCCAUCAAGAUCCCGUCGUAGUUGGCGUUCCCGAGACUCCAGCCGAGCCCGAGGUGUGGGAAUCUCCCGCCUCGAAUCACCAGACGCCAGAGCCAGGAACAACAAAGAGGGCGGGCACGCCAAAGGCCGCAUCGUCGUCGCCCGAAGCUCCUCCGUCGCCCUCGCCCCUGCCUAGGAACCUCCAACUGCCACCAGCAACGCCCCGGGCGGCACACAUCUCCCCCGCGGCGUCGGCCCGCCAACCGGCGAUAUCGCCGUCUCCCUCGCCCCAGGCGUCCGACGCCGAGAACCAACCGCCGUCGUCGGUGCGGCCGGCCAACAUACUCACGCAGAAGCGAGUGGCUCUGGCGCCCAUUGCGGCGGCGGCGGCGGCGGCGACGCCCAGGCGACCGGCGGGAGGGUCACCGUCGAAGCGCAACAACAACAACAACGUGGUGGCGGGGCUCCGUACCACGACGCCCUGGACGGCGGUUGACCUCGACGCAAUAUUCGGCACGCCGCAGAAGAAGAAUGCGCAUGGGGGGGAGGAGGUCGACGAGACGGAUAAGGAGAACAACAACUACGAGGGGGCGAUGGCGCGGUUGGUGGCGCGCGGGGCGGAGCUCACGAGCCCGGAGAAGCGGAUGACGGUGGAGGAAUGGAUCUAUUUUAACGCGGAGCAGGCGGAGGAGCAGCUGAAGCAUGAGUCUGAGAAGAUGGUUAGCCGGUUUGAAAACGAGGGGACGCGAGCUAUGCGUGUCCUGGAGGGGUUGAUUGUGGACUGAGUGUCGGCUUGGUUCUGGGCUUUUCCCCCCUUUUUUUUUUCCUUUUCCUUUUCCUUUUGGGCAUUUCAUGAUGAUGUUGGGAUUGGAUGGCACGCGGAUCGGGGGAGUUUGUUUGGUUUUACGGGUCCAGGAUAUAGGGCCUGGAUGGUUCACAAGCACUCCCUAUUAUGCCUAGACAUGGCUGCUAGAGGAAAGCUGUCUAGAGUCGUGGGAUAUCGGAUAUGAUGAUGGGCAUUUGUCCUGUCGUAGUAUGUUCUAUUUGGUAUGCCGGCGCAGUGACCACCCCAGGACAUUACUCUGCAACGAAUAACACAAGGUGCCCCGUUAAAAGAACAACCGGC